UCCAGCACAACAUCAUCUGUAUAAAUAUGACAUAAUAUUUGCGUCCUUGGAGUCGCGUUAGUCUCGUGAUAAGCAAAAAAGUCAUCUGUUUUGCCUCUGCAACGUUUCAUUACUUUCCUCUCUUGUGCAUUCUGGCAGUGACAAAGUUGGAAAAAUAAUUUAGGAUUUAAUUUUGGUAGAAUUUUUAUCCGUAUUGAAAAUGGAGGCUAACUCGGAUAACAACUUAUCCGCCUUCGUGUUCGGAUACACGGGCGGAGUGGGUCGUUGCAUCGUGAAUGCUCUCGCAAUAGAACCACGAUUUAAAAAGGUAACGCUAUUCGGCCGUAGAAUCGUGGAUUUGGAGGAAAAAGACAAAAAAAUUCCUGCCGCCGCUGAUUUUACCAAAUUUACCCAGGAUGUCGUAGAUUUUGCCAAACUUUCGGAAGAUUCGGAAUAUUUGGCGGAGAAAUUGAGAGGUUUUGAUGUCGGGAUUUAUGCGUUGGGAGUGAGUCCGCUGAAAGAGGAUGAGGAGACGUUUCAACGGGCGGCGAGAGGGUGGGUCCUGACCGUGGCGAAAUUGGCGAGGGAGGGCGGUUGUCGCCAUUUUCAUAGAAUGAGUGGCGCCUUGGGGAAUGAAAAUUCUUGGUUGAAGUUUGGCCGCUUCGCCGCAGAAACUGACAGCCUCCUAGGGAAAUUAAAUUACCCUCGGAUAUCCAUUUAUAAACCGGGCGCCAUUCUGACGGAAUUUAACAGUGGAGGGAUGAUAGGACCCGGGAUGGUGUCCGUUAUGCGUCACCUGGACAGAUUUCGAUGGUGGUCAGUUGAAGGGGAAACUGUGGGCCAGUUUUUAGUACAGACUUGCUUCACCAAGCCGAAAGAUGAAAAUAAUUUUGUCGAGGCAUUUACGAAUGCUGAAAUGAACCGGUGGGUGAAACAACAAACGAAAUAGUCACACUUUGUGAGUGACGUUAUUGAAUUGUUUGAUUUCUAACGUACCGGCGAGUUUGUUAAUUUUCACUUUACACACAUUUUAUUCAUGUUAAAUAAAAAGGCUUUUUGGUAGAGCUAUUUAACUAAAUAUGUGUGUAUAUAAAAUUCAUCUAUUUAUUCGGUUUAUGGCAUCAAAGUUACACAUAAUGUAUGAUUACCGUUUCACAUAAUUCUUUAGAAAUUGGCAUUUCAAUAUAAAUCAUCAUUAUUUAUUGAUCGCAUUCUUCACAUUAAGAAAUAAGGUACGUAUUUUUCCAUUUAUAAAUGUGGAUACUUUCUCCUCUCAAGUUUAUAAAAAAUCUGUCAAAUUUCGUACUACGAAGUUAUGGAACGCGUUACCAAGAAAUUUAGACGUAAGAAAUAUGUCAUAUGGGAAAUUUAAAGAAUUUUUAUGUGAAGAUAUGCAGAAAUAAUUGUUUAAAAAUAACGAAAUGAAGAUAUAUUAGUAAGUAGAUAUAGUUAGUUAGUAACAUAUUUGUAUAUUGUAUGUGUCACUCGUGGAAGAGCAUGGUUUGUUACUGUGAACUUGGUAGACACUUGAAUAAAGCAUAAUCAAUCAAU